CUGUGUUUGAGUGACACUGUCAUAGAGGCGUAUGGGCAGUGUUGCAUGUAGUCAUGGUAUGGCUGUUAGCAUUACCGGUGUUUACAGCGGUUGGAGUUGUUUGCGGUGUUGAAAAUACACAGAAAAUAUGGGACGUUGAUGAAGUCUCAAAUACGAUGCUUUUACCGCACACUAUUUACAUCGUUGAAUUGGCUGGAUCGGCCAUAGAAUGUGUGCUGACCGCUAUGACGUACAACAAGUCCAUGGCGACGUUCGACGGAUUAUCACAAAGGUGUUUUACCUACAGUACCAAAACACAGAUGGAUUUGCUCUACUUGAAUGUAAUCAGGCAAGAAACAUGUGCAGGCCUUGAUCCAGCAAGUGAUUCUGGGGUGUACCGUGUCACACCCGUACCGGGGGACAGUUUUGACGUGUACUGCGACAUGGGUAGUGAACACGGUCCCUGGACUAUCAUACAAAAUCGACAAAGCAAUGAGGUCGACUUCUUCAGAAAUUGGGAUGAGUACAAAAAUGGAUUUGGAAAUCUUCUUGGAAACUUCUGGUUGGCUGAUGCCUUAAAAACGACCAAUGGCCGAAUGUUCACGACAAUAGACAGAGACAAUGACUUUGACGAAAGCCGAAACUGUGCUGAAACGCGACACGGAGCUUGGUGGUUCAGAAAAUGUACGAAUGCUAACCUCAACGGCUUGUAUAACUAUGAUCCUACUAAUCUCAGAACUUCGAUGUAUUGGAGGAAUCUCUUUGGAAAAGAUAUGUACGUUCCAUUGAAGACAUCAAAAAUGAUGUUGAAAAAACCUUAACGAAGACGAAAUAUGAUGUUCAUGCUACCUUCUCCUAUAUGGUCAAUACUUUCCAGCAAAUAUAACUAUAUGAAAUAUUAUGAGAGG